GGAUAUUGUUGUGACUCGUGAGCAGAUUAGAGAUGCAGAAAGCAAUUGGUCUUUGCAGGCGUUCAUUAGGUCUUAUCAGAAGCUUCUGCACUUCUGCCCCUACUUCAAAUGCAGCCACAGUAGUACUAUCAAAGACACCAAAGCGUAGGAAGAAGAAGAACUUCUUUGAAGUUGCUCAAUUUCUUCCUAACUGGGGAGUUGGAUAUCAAAUGGCGAAGAGUCACUGGGUUGAAGUCUCAUACCAGAUCACGAAGAUCAACCUCUACAAGGAUGGACGACAUGGUAAGGCAUGGGGGAUUGUCUACAAAAAUGGCGUUACAGCUGCAGAUGCUCCCAAAAAAAUAAGUGGGGUUCAUAAGCGCUGUUGGAGGUACGUUCCAGAUUCAAAGAAAGCAACAGAGAACCUACUCAAACAAGAAGCUCAGGCAGCUUGAUGUCUCAUUGAAUUUUCGAGGUAAUUUUCGAGGUUUUUGUCUAUUCUUUAAUCCUCCUUAAAACAGAGCAUACUUUGUGAAUGUAUUUGUAUUAAUCUUAAAACAA